GCGGCGCCGCUGGAGCGGAGGCCGGUCGGUGCUGGCGUCCCUCGGGCCGGACCCCCCCCCCCCGGGCGGCCGCGGGGUAGCCCCCGCAGAGUGGUCAGGGUCACAAGUAGGAUUCUUCGGCGACCAUCAUGUCUUGGUUUGCUGACCUUGCAGGAAAGGCAGAAGAUCUUUUAAACCGAGUUGACCAAGGGGCUGCAACAGCACUUAGCAGGAAAGAGAACAGCAACAGCACCAAAUACAACAGAAAUACGGACUAUCCCGAACUCCACCAGCAGAGCACACAUCAGACCUACCAGACUGGAACCAAAGCUUCGUAUAUUUCCGCAGCAGCGGACAACGUUAGAAAUCAAAAAGCCACUCUCUUAGCUGGCACCGCCAACGUGAAAGCAUCUCGGACCUCUGCGGAGACCUCCCCGACUGCUGAAAACGCCACUGUUCCUCGGCCUUCGUCCCAGUUUGUCCGAAGGAAAAAGUCAGAGCCAGAUGAUGAGCUGCUGUUUGAUUUUCUUAAUAGUUCCCAGAAGGAGCCUGCCGGGAGGGUAGAGAUCAAGAAAGAGAAGGGCAAGGCACCUGCCCCCCUGAAUUCUCAGGCAGGUGUCAGUUCUGUGAACGCCAGUAACACCGCUGUCAAAACCACCGAAGAAAAUCCUCGGAGCGAAAGCCGGGAAACUUCUAAUACAGAUUCUGACCACGAAAGCCAAGAGGAUUCCGCAAAACAAAAUGAAUCAUCCACUGCUGCCUACACGGAUCCCAGCCCAGCGUCUAGUGAUGAUGGAAAAUCACACGAGCUGUCGAACCUCCGGCUGGAGAAUCAGCUACUGCGGAACGAAGUUCAGUCUUUGAAUCAAGAAAUGGCCUCCUUACUUCAAAGAUCCAAGGAAACUCAAGAAGAAUUGAACAAAGCAAGAGCAAGAGUGGAGAAGUGGAAUGAUGACCAUUCCAAGAGUGACCGCAUGACUCGGGAGCUGCGUGCGCAGGUGGAUGACCUGACAGAGGCAGUGGCCGCCAAGGACUCCCAGCUGGCCGUGCUGAAAGUGCGCCUGCAGGAGGCCGACCAGCUGCUGAAGACGCGCACCGAGGCCCUGGAAGCCUUACAGAGUGAAAAGUCACGGAUAAUUCAGGAUCACAGCGAAGGGAGUAGCCUGCAGAAUCAAGCCCUGCAAACUCUUCAGGAGAGACUUCAUGAGGCAGACGCCACGCUGAAGAGAGAGCAGGAGAGCUAUAAACAGAUGCAGAGUGAGUAUGCUGCACGCCUUAAUAAAAUGGAAGUGGAACGUCAGAAUUUGGCAGAAUCCGUUACUCUGGCAGAGAGAAAAUACUCCGAUGAGAAGAAGAAGAUUGAGGAACUGCAGCAGCAAAUCAAAACGUACAAGUCCAACUUGGAGUCCUCCAAGCAGGAGCUACUUGACUACAAGCAGAAAGCCACAAGAAUACUGCAGUCUAAGGAAAAAUUGAUCAACAGCCUGAAGGAGGGGUCUGGCUUUGAAGGCUUGGACGGCAGUGCUGCCAGCAGCAUGGAGCUCGAAGAACUCCGACACGAGAAGGAGAUGCAGAAGGAGGAAAUACAGAAGCUGAUGGGUCAGAUCCAUCAGCUGAGAUCUGAGUUACAGGAUAUGGAGGCCCAGCAGGUUAAUGAAGCCGAGUCAGCCAGAGAACAGUUACAAGAUCUGCAAGAACAAAUCGCUGGGCAGAAAGCAUCUAGACAAGAGCUGGAGGCAGAGCUGGACCGGCAGAAGCAGGAAUUCCGCUACGUAGAAGAAGACCUGUAUCGAACAAAGAACACGUUACAAAGCAGAAUUAAAGAUCGAGAAGAGGAAAUUCAGAAGCUCAGGAAUCAGCUCACCAACAAGUCUCUAAGCAACAGCAGCCAGGCCGAGUUGGAGAAUCGCCUCCACCAGCUGACGGAGACGCUCAUCCAGAAGCAGACCAUGCUGGAGAGCCUCAGCACCGAGAAGAACUCGCUGGUCUACCAGCUGGAGCGCCUGGAGCAGCAGAUGAAGGCCGCGCCGGGCGGCGGCAGCAACGGGUCUGCCAUCAGCAUGCCGGGGCUCGACGGCGGAGACGGCACACGCCUGCGGAACAUGCCCGUGCUUUUUAAUGACACAGAGAGUAACCUGGCAGGAAUGUACGGGAAGGUCCGCAGGGCGGCCAGCUCCAUUGACCAGUUCAGCAUUCGUCUGGGGAUUUUUCUCCGAAGAUACCCCAUUGCGAGGGUCUUCAUAAUCAUCUACAUGGCCUUACUCCACCUCUGGGUCAUGAUUGUCCUGUUGACUUACACACCGGAAAUGCACCAUGACCAGCCCGGCGGCCAGUGAUGGCCAGUGAUGCGAAUCGUCAUCUCCAUGAUGGGGAAGAGGUUGUCCAGGUUUCAGACAUGGCGUCUGCGGAAGGGCCGGGGAGAGGGGCCCCGGGGCCUCAGUGCUGCCCGCUCUUCACUUUUUAAGUUAUUGUACAAGCACUUUGCUACCUACACUAAUGUAAUUCCCUUCCGUUGGUCAGAGUUUCUGAAGCAGAUGGACUGGCCGCAGGCUGUGCCCUGCCUGGGGGCAGCGGUCACAGGGACGUAUGUCCACACCGUGAUUGCUGGGGUCGGUCCCCUGUACAGUGUUCUGGGUGGCACCGUUCUGGGUUAGAAUCAGGGAAACUAAUUGUAGUGAUAUAAAUAAAAUGUUUUCCUUUUGAUAAUU